CUUGCUCCUUACUUUCCCUCAUUUCUUCUCACACUUCUUUUUGGCUUUGCUUUUCUAAACUCCUGCACACUCUUCUCUUUGCUUUCAUAUUCCAUAAUUGAGUGACAUCGCGUCAUCACUGUAUAAGAACAAGUUCCUUUUAUCUCAAUUCUACUGAAAACCUUUGCUUCUUUCUGUAUCCCAAGCCAACACAUCCCACUUAAAAGGAAACAUCUUCUUUUUUUGUGGUUUCACUUGAAAUAUUUUCUGGGUUUUGUUUCUUGAUUCCUGGUUUUUGGCUUUCACUAUUCUUGUUGAUCUGGUUCUUCAACUUUUUCCUGGAAGUUUCUCAUGGAAAAAGACAAGGUUUUGAUGGCUGAGGGACUAAACAGAACGGCUGCACCCCCGACUUGGAAUUCUUGCAGUUUUGGGAUGGACAUGCAAACGAAUGAGCUGAAUUGUGCGACAGAACAAGUGGGAAGUUGUUUUUUCAAUCCCAAUUGGGAUAAUUCAAUGGAUCAGAGCGAUCCCUUUGAGUCAGCAUUGAGUUCCAUGGUGUCUUCUCCAGCAGCAUCCAAUGCUGGAAGUACUCUCCCUGGUUUUGGAGAAAAUGUAAUGAUCAGAGAAUUGAUUGGAAGAUUAGGAAACAUAUGUAAUUCUGGUGAUAUUUCACCUCAGUCUUUCGUCAAACCAAAUAACAACACGAACAGUGGUAACACUUCUUGUUAUAGUACUCCAUUGAAUUCACCACCAAAGCUCAAUCUUUCAAUGGUAGAGUCACAGAUCAGAGGGAAUUUGAAUUUGCCAGGUCUUGGAAACCAGUUACCGAAUCAUCCAAGCUUGGCACCAUUUUCUGCUGACCCUGGGUUCGCUGAGAGGGCUGCUAGAUUUUCCUGUUUUAGUACCACUAGCAGGAAUUUCGGUGGCCUAAACGGUCAACUUGGAUUGACUGAGACUGAAUUGCCUCAAAGAUUACGUCCUAGAAUGGAUUCUGUUAAACUUUCAAGAGUUUCCAGUAACCAAUCCAUUAAGGUUACUGGAUCUCAAGUAAAUGUUCCGGAAAGCAACAAAAACUCACCGCAGGAAGGGAGUUCAGGUUCUGACAAGAAAAACAGUAGGCUGUCAAGGUCUUCCUCGCCGGAGAAUGCGGAAUUCGGUGAUUCCAAGGAGGAAUCUUCGGUUUCUGAACAGAUCCCAGGUGGUGAUUCAAGCAUAAAAGUCCAAAAUGAUGCUAAUGCCAGGAAAAGGAAAUCAAUUCCGCGGGGGAAAGCUAAAGAAACCCCAUCUCCAGUGGCUGCUGAUGCCAAGGUUGCACCAGAGAAUGGUGAAUCCACCGCGAAGAGAAGCAAGCAAGAAGAAGCCGCUGGGAAUGCAAAGGAGAAGACAGAACAGAAUGGCAAUGGUAAAGCAGCAAAUGAUGGGAAUCAGAAGCAAGGUAAGGAGAAUUCCAAGCCACCAGAGCCACCAAAGGACUACAUCCAUGUCAGGGCCAGAAGGGGUCAAGCAACUGAUAGUCAUAGUCUCGCUGAAAGAGUCCGAAGAGAGAAAAUAAGUGAAAGGAUGAAGUUCCUUCAGGAUCUUGUUCCAGGUUGCAAUAAGGUGACUGGUAAAGCUGUUAUGCUCGAUGAAAUUAUUAAUUAUGUGCAGUCCUUGCAGCGUCAAGUGGAGUUCCUAUCUAUGAAGUUGGCUACCGUGAAUCCGAGGAUGGAUAUUAACAUGGAAGCCCUUCUGUCAAAGGAUAUGUUUCGAUCUCGUGGAUCUUUGCCACAUGCCCUUUAUUCAAUGGAUUCUUCAGCACCAGCAUUCCCUUUUGGAUAUCAGCUGCAGCAGCAAGCGCUACCUCUGCACAGUGGUAUAUCCAAUAAUGUAGAGACUCAAUUCUCAAUGAAUCCACUAAAUGCUGUGUUGCGUAAAACCCAAGGCGUGCAGCUGCCUCCUAUUGAUGGUUUUACUGAUGCUAAUCCUCAGGUUGCAUCAUUUUGGGAGGAUGAUCUCCAGAGCAUUGUUCAAAUGGGAUUCGGCCAGAAUCAGGCACAAAGCUAUCAAGGCUCAAUGGCUGCUGCAGGGCAGGUGAAAAUUGAGCUGUAAUUACCAUAGACAACACUUGCUGAUUCCGCUUCAGGCCUUCCAGGGGAGCAAAGAGAGGCCUUUGUACAUAGAAAGCAAUUACGGUUGGAGUGAAAUCGUUAGCCUGGAAAAGAAAAAAGAGAAAAUUUAUAAUCUCGUUUCCCAAAUUGUUUCCGCAACUCAUUCUUUAGAGAAUUCUCACAGGAAUUCCUGAUUGUAAUAUGUUAGAACUAAUUGGAAUCAAGUGGUGCAUAAUCCACAUUUAAGAUUUAGCUUUGGUGAGAGGAGUCUUGAUGGGGUUGAAAGAAGAGAGGAAUUUUUAUGUAAACUUCUGUUUCAACCGUGUGUGUAUUGGCCUUACAAACUAAGAAAAGAAAUUGAUCUAUCAAUUCAUUGAGAAACUUUUGGAUAUA